AUGGGAUCGUUACCUGUUGAUCGAGUGACAAGUAAAAGACCGUUUCUUGCUGUAGGUGUGGAUUAUGCUGGUCCCAUUGAGUUGAGAGCAAGCCGACUGCGCAAAGCACCAAGAAUAAAAGCAUUCAUAGUGGUAUACACUUGCAUGUCCACUAAAACAGUACACUUAGACUUAGUCACGGAAUUAUCAACUGCAGCCUUUUUGGAUUCAUUGAAACGCUUCGUGUCACGAAGAGUUGUGUGCCAAACCAUAUACAGUGACAAUGGAACCAACUUUGUAGGCGCCAGUAAUGAAUUAGAUAGACUCUAUAACUAUUUCGAAAAUAAUAUUAAUAAGAAACAGCUCAUUGAGAGUGUGCCAACCAUUGGAAUCACAUGGAAAUUUAUACCGUGA